AGUUAAUUUCUAAUAUCAAACACUAAAAUUUUAGAGAAUAAUUAAUCAAAUAUGUUAAAACCAUUUUCGUUUCAUUCUUUUUAUAGUCAUGAGUGAAUAGAUUAGAUCAGCUAUAGAAGAAAAUCACAUAUUCUACUUUCAGGCUCCAACCCGUCUACUUGAAGCCUACCAUAAAAAGGAAAGGGCCAAUAAAAAUCUUGCAAUUAUAUAUCCUCCAUAUUCAUCCUCUCAUGUGCAUGGCUUACUUGUAUUGCUAAAAUACAUAAUUAAGGAAAACCAAUCCCUUUUAUGGGUUCGUGCUGAAAGAAGCAACAGUUGAAAUCAGAACCUGAAAGAAAUGGAAAGCAAAACCAUGGAAGAAGAAACACAUGAGAUCAGAACCCCUCUAAUAACCAAGGAUGAGAAAGUUGAAGAUCCCUCAUCAUCAGAAACCAUAGCAGCAAAUUCUAAAUCCGAGAUUGACCAACUACAAGAAACAGAAGAGAACUCACCAGUCAAACAAGUUGCCUUAACAGUGCCAACCACAGAUGACCCUUCUCUACCAGUCCUCACAUUUCGAAUGUGGGUCUUGGGCACCAUCUCUUGUGUCCUAUUAUCAUUUCUUAACCAGUUCUUUUGGUACCGUACAGAGCCUCUAUCAAUCACAGCUAUCUCUGCCCAGAUUGCUGUGGUGCCUCUUGGCCAACUAAUGGCUGCCAAGAUCACAGAUAGGGUGUUCUUCAAGGGGACUCGCUGGGAAUUCACGUUGAAUCCUGGACCUUUCAAUGUGAAAGAACAUGUUCUUAUCACCAUCUUUGCCAACUCAGGAGCUGGCAGUGUCUACGCCAUUCAUGUUGUUACUGUUGUUAAGAUGUUCUAUAAGAAGCACAUCACAUUCUUUGUUUCCUUGGUUGUUAUCACCACAACCCAGGUGUUGGGGUUUGGAUGGGCUGGGAUUUUUAGGAAGUACCUCGUGGAACCUGCAGCUAUGUGGUGGCCAGCAAAUCUUGUUCAAGUUUCAUUGUUCAGGGCUUUGCAUGAGAAGGAAGAGAGGCCCAAAGGUGGUGUGACUCGUAUCCAAUUCUUUCUGAUAGCCUUCAUAUGCAGCUUUGCAUACUAUGUCUUCCCAGGCUAUCUCUUCCAAAUGUUGACUUCCCUCUCUUGGAUUUGUUGGAUAUUCCCCCAUUCUGUCCUUGCCCAACAACUGGGCUCAGGCCUUUAUGGACUUGGAAUUGGUGCUCUUGGAAUUGACUGGUCCACCAUCUCCUCCUAUCUUGGAAGCCCGCUUGCUAGUCCAUGGUUUGCCACAGCUAAUGUGGCAGUCGGAUUCGUCUUUGUCAUGUACAUUUUGACCCCAUUAUGCUAUUGGCUUAAUGCGUACAAGGCCAAAACGUUUCCUAUUUUCUCAGAUGACCUCUUUACAUCAACAGGGCAGGAGUAUAACAUUACAGCUAUAAUUGAUUCCAAUUUCCACCUUGAUCUUGCUGCCUAUGAGAAGGAAGGGCCCCUUUAUCUCAGCACAUUUUUUGCAAUGACUUAUGGAGUUGGUUUUGCUGCCCUAACUGCCACAAUUAUGCAUGUUGCUCUGUUUCAUGGGAGGGAGAUAUGGGAGCAAAGCAAGGCAAGCUUUCAAGACACAAAAAUGGACAUUCACACAAAACUGAUGAGGAAGUAUAAGCAAGUUCCUGAGUGGUGGUUUGUGUUAAUCCUUUUGGCUAACAUUGCAGCCACCAUCUUCGCUUGUGAGUAUUAUAAUGACCAGCUUCAAUUGCCAUGGUGGGGAGUUUUACUAGCUUGUGGAAUUGCCAUUGUAUUCACUCUUCCCAUUGGCAUCAUUACUGCUAUCACAAAUCAGACACCGGGCUUGAACAUCAUCACUGAAUAUGUAAUUGGGUAUAUCUACCCAGGAUACCCAGUUGCCAACAUGUGCUUCAAGGUGUAUGGAUACAUAAGUAUGACACAGGCCGUAACUUUCCUGCAAGACUUUAAACUUGGCCACUAUAUGAAGAUUCCUCCCAGAACAAUGUUCAUGGCACAGAUUGUGGGAACCAUUAUGGCAUGUCUUACAUAUUUGGGCACUGCAUGGUGGCUAAUGGAAACCAUCCCAGAUUUGUGUGACACAACAGCCUCCAAUAGCGUCUGGACUUGCCCAAGCGAUACUGUAUUCUACGAUGCAUCUGUGAUUUGGGGUUUAAUUGGACCUCGCAGAAUUUUUGGAGAUUUAGGCACCUAUGAGGCAGUCAACUGGUUCUUCCUAGGUGGUGCAAUUGCACCUGUUCUUGUGUGGUUAGCUGCAAAGGCUUUCCCUCAACAAGAAUGGAUUAGACUUAUAAAUAUGCCAGUGUUAAUAGGCGCAACAGGAAUGAUGCCACCAGCUACAGCAGUUAACUACACUAGCUGGAUAAUUUUGGGUUUCCUCUCUGGCUUUGUUGUGUAUAGGUACAGGCCAGACUUGUGGCAGCGAUACAAUUAUGUUCUUUCAGGGUCACUGGAUGCUGGUCUUGCCUUCAUGGGUGUGCUAAUAUAUCUUUGCCUGGGGCUAGAAGAUAUUAGUGUUGAUUGGUGGGGAAAUAACCUUGACGGCUGCUCCCUAGCUACUUGCCCAACGGCCAAAGGAGUUGUUGUUGAAGGCUGCCCUGUCUUCAGCUAGAAAUAUUGUAAUUAUUAUUGUUUUAUAAGAAUUCCAAUUUAAUUAUAUAAA